AUGUUCGUAGUGGAGAAAUCGGCUCAAGGGCAAGGUAAUCACGACGAGGGCGCCAAUCUUGACUAUCUGGCUGGAAACAUCAAGGUGAAAAGUAAAGACGAUAUUAUUGCCGAGCAGGGCGAUCAAAUCACAGCUAUGGAGAAGCACCUGAAAAGUAAGGAUGUGAAGAUCAAAUACUGGCAUGGCAGACUGCUAUCCUUGCAGAAGGCGGCUCGAGAAGUUUUGGGAAAGCCAGGAGUCAUUGAUGAUCUUGACAGGCUGAGCAAAGAAGUCAAUCGGCCGGAUAAUGCUACGAUGUUCUUGCCAGAGAUGAGGGGGCAGGGUGAUCCGUAG